AUGGAUAUUCAAAAAAUGAAUGGCUCUUCUCUUCACGCAGUGAUAAAUGAUUUUGAUGAAAGUGAUCAAGAAGUUGCUGGGAAAACACGAGUCCUUGUUCAUCAAAAUGCAAUGGAUCUCCCUGAAUUACCAAAGAAAGACUCCACUUUAAAUGAAAGACCAUUUUUCAUUGAUCCCAAACCUGUUCAAAAAAUAUGUCCAAGUGAAAUAAUAGAGCCAGAUGAUAUCAUCACUCCUCUCAGUGAGGAGUCUAGUCCCACCGGUACUGGUGAAGCAUGGGAAAUCGAAAAGCCUUCUCUUGAACCUGAAGAUGACGAUUCUAAUAGCUUCUUCGAAGCUUUAUUUCCAUGCUGUGGAUCGCUGAUUGAUCCAUCUAAAAUGACUUAUGGCAGAUUUUUGGGUCUUGUCAUAUGUUUUUUAUUUUAUGUCGGUAACAUUGCUUCCGAUAUUGCCGUCUGUUGUCACUUGUUUUAUCACGAUAACAUGUUGUGGUUUGCUCUUGUCGCUGCAUUUACUCUCAUUCCUACUGUGAUUCUCAAUAGUGUAAGCUAUCAUUUAUCUAUUAAUAAGAUGAUUGUGAAGCGGACUAUAUGGAAUGAAACCGAAUCCAGCAUUGUUUCCUGUGCCAUUGCUGUACUUCAUUUGACACAAUUUGGAGUAUUGGCUAGGUACCUUGGUUACAUUUUUUUACAUGAACUAGAAUAUUUAUGGGUUGUAUUUUGUCCUCACAAGAAAAGGAAGUCGAAACAAAAUAGUGGAAAAUACUUAGAAUUGCGUUAUGUGUCAUAUCUCUUUAUUGUUGAAGCUAUUUUCCAGUGCCUUCCACAACUAAUUGUUCAGCUUUACAUUCUGAUUGAUGGAAAAGGAGUACUCUCUUCAGACACAAAUAAAAUGCUAAUGAUUUCCAUUGCUGUGAGUCUUUUGAAUUUAUCAAGACUUCUAACUUUGUGCAAACAUUUGGAAAAGAACUUUACAAUAUCUUGUUGUGGCUUGAUUUUUAUAUAUUUAUGGUUUCUGUUUACAAAUAUUUCUCGAAUUGUAUCAUUUACACUUUUCUUAACAAAAUUUGCCUGGGGUUUUGCUAUGCUCUGCAUUUUCCAUUGGAUUAUAAUGAGUUUAUGGUCUGUAAAUGUACUAACUCCAUCUGUAACCUGUGGAACAUGGAAAGGCUGUGUGAAAAAUAUCUCAAAGUACGUCAAAGGUCUCAUUUUUGGAAUUAUGUACAUUCUCUGCUUCAUGAAGCUCAAAAUAUCGGACAGCUCUGAUGAAUUUAAUGUACCUACUCGUUAUCUGUAUGCGUUCUUUUAUUCAGUUUUAUUUUUAGAAAACUCUGUGGUUACUAUUUUGUGGUUUAUGUACUCUGAAAAUGUCUGGUACCGCAUUCCAGCCGUCGUGGUUAUAUUUAUGAGCUUUUUCAUCGGAAUAUUUUUCUUGUACUCAUAUUACCGAUAUUUUCACAGAAAUGUUAUUAAUCAUCCACAAAGGUGGAGAUGUGUAUUACUAUUUCCUAUGAAAAAUCAUUCAUAG